AUGCCGCUUGCUAGGCGCUUCUCAAACAGCAGUGUUGACUCUAAUGUCUCCAGGCGUCUAUCUUUACCAUCAACAAUUCACGGGUCAACUCAGGUAAACCCAUCAAAGUUGGACAAAUUGAAAAAACGUGAAAUGACACAAAAAGUGAUUACUCGCCGACAAACAAGACAAACUCGGAAGAAGAACAAAGUUCAAGAAAAGGAAAACAAGAGCAUGAACAUUGAAACUCACGAUGAAGAAAACCAAUCAGUGAAAUUCAGUGAACAAGGGAAGGAAAACGAUGGCUUGAAAGUUCCGCCAUCACCAACACCUUACUGGAAAGUCGCCGAAGAAAGAGGCAACAGGUCACCUCGAGAAACAAGAUCUGCAAAGAAGAAGCGAUUGUCUGUUAGUCGGUUCAACUUUUCUCCACCCAAAGAUGAAUAUGGUGAAAGAGGUCCUCGUGCUACCCUGAAGUUCGACAGCGAAGACUCCUUGCAUGCAAAGAAGGAAACUAUUGACAUGCCAAUGAAGUCUAGUGGUAUGAUAGCAACCCCGCAAGACAUGGAGGUUGAUAUUGAAGCCAGGAGCCAUGUUUCUUCGUUUGAAGCCACAACUUCUGGUGAAACAAACACGGAUCGCAUCGCCGAGGAGGUCAGCAGUCUGACGGAAGUAAUCCAACAACUAGUGGAACAGAACAAAAAGCAACCAGGUGACACACAGGAGCAACUUCGGGCCUUUGAUCUCAAGGCACAGCGCGAGCAAUUGCGCAAUGAAGAGUUGGCGAAAACAAACUCAUCUCUUGUAGAAGAGAAGGAGGCUUGGAAAUCAAAAGCAAACGAGUUGGAGUCCAGGUAUUCAUCCGAACAUGACCGAUUGAUAUCCAGCAACUCUCGUCUAGCUGCAGAACUUGAAGUAACCCAGCGUGAGGCUGAAAUCAAGAUUCGUGAUCUUGAGGAAGCUCGAAAAAAGUUGGAAAAUCAGAGAGAUGCCCUUCAAGAUGAGAAGUUGUCUCUCAAAGAAAAGGUGACCAAUCUUGAAAAGGAAAUUGCCACAACACGUGAGAAUCUAGCUGACAGCAAAGUUAGGCUUGAGGCACUCAGGGCGGAGAUCGACACGGAGAAAACGACAUUGAGAGGUGACCAAGACUCGUUGAACCAGGUUAAUUUCGAACUGACGAAAGAACUCGAACGAGUGAAAAAAAAUUAUGAUUCGUUGGUUGGAAGAACAGCUGAUUAUGAAGAGCAGAUCCAUAUGUUCGAAGAGGAACUGUUGCCAGAAUCCGAAAAACAGCUUGCAGAUGCGUUGGCCAAAAUUGAUCGUCUUGAAGAAGCCGCAAAAGAGGCGAGACAAAAGAUGUUGCAAUACGAGAAGGAAAUCGAAGGUCUAAAAGAUACAAUCAAGACCAUGGGCGAGCAGAAUGAGGACGAAAGAAGAAACUUCCAAGAGUUGAACGAGAAGAGCGUCGGGGUUUUCGAGAAAAUGGAGAAAGAUCUUUGCGACAAAAAGACUUUGAUUGACGAACUCGAACUGAAUCUUGCAUCUGCAGAAGAAGAUCUCGCCUCCGAGACAGAAAAAGUGAACAACAUGGGCGAGAGCCUGCAAAACCUCAAGCUCGAUAUGGAAAAGCGAAACCAAGCGCUUCAAAAUUCUUUGGACAAAUCGAUGCAGGCAUUGGAUAAAGCAACAAAAGAGAAAAAGGAGCUCGAAGAAAAACUUGCGAAGGCCAAUGAGAUAAUUGAUGAAAACAAAACUUUUAUGGAUGAUCUCGUCUCCACAGGUGAAAAGAAAUCUGCGUCUUUGGAAGAAAGCGACAAAGCGAGAAUGGUGAUGCAACACAAGAUUGUAGAGCUUGAAAGCAAGCUGCAGAAGACUACUCGAGAGCGUGAUGAUGCCCAGACCCGUAUGGCCACUUUCGACGAACGCGAAGAGGCGCUAUUUCAGAAAUUGCGGGCGAGUGAUCAAGUUCGUCGCGAUCUUCACAACCGAGUGAUGCAGCUAAGCGGAAAUAUUCGCGUCUAUGUUCGUGUGAGACCAGCACUUGACAAUGAAUCAGAGCAACCACAAGAAUACACCAAAAAGCUUGCUACACGUGGCCAGAAGAGAAAGCUCCAAGAAAUCGAAGACCAAAGUCCAUUCCACUUUCCCGGGCAAUUGGUUGGUCUUGACGAACGCAUGGCAAAGAAGUCGCAAGGAUUUGGAUCUGAUGACCCAACAAAGAAUAUUGUGGAAGUGACAGAACCAUUCAAGGAUCGCGGAGGUUUGAGCGCACGCAGGAAGAAAUGGACAUUCGGGUUUGAUCACAUCUUCGACCCGUCACAUGGUCAAGAAGAUGUCUGGAAUGCUACUGAACCAUUGGUCCAAAGCGCAAUUGAUGGUUUUAAUGUCUGCGUAUUUGCAUAUGGGCAGACUGGAUCUGGAAAGACAUUUACCAUGCUUGGGGAAAAUGGCAACGAAGGCAUUGUUUCACGAGCUGUCAACAUGCUUUUCAGCGCCAAGACUGACAUGGUCAAUUUAUCUCGCGGGGAAAAGAAAGUUGAGCUAGCAGUUGAACUACUAGAAGUCUAUAAUGAAAAAGUCCGGGACUUACUUGUACCUAACAGCGGUCCUGACGGUCAAGAGCUCACCUUGAAAAUAUCAGCUAAUGAAGCUGUUGGGAGUAAAAUCGUGCCAGUCAGCAGCCAAGAAGAGGUUCAUCGUAUUCUCGAGAGAGCUCAAAAGCGACGAUGUGUUAAAGCAACAUCCUCCAAUGCAGUAUCAUCCAGAAGUCACAUGAUUUUCACAAUCUUCUUUAAAGUUCAAACAAAAGAAGGGGCUCAACGAGUUGGCAAACUGCAUGUGUGCGACCUUGCUGGAUCGGAGCGUCUAGGAAAGAGUAAUGCAAAUGAAAGAGUCGGAAGUUCAUUGCUCCGAGAAACCAAACACAUCAACACUUCUUUGAGUGUCCUAUCAAAUGUGAUCGAGAAGCUCCAAGCAGGCGAUAAGAAUGUGCCAUACAGGGAAUCCAAGUUGACGCAUUUGCUGCAAAAUAGUCUUGGAGGGAACUCGAAGACUCUUGCCAUCGUUUGCUGCAAUCCAUUGCAGAGUCAUUUCCAUGAAAGUUUGUGCAGUCUCCGAUUUGCUGCCAAAGUCAACAAAGUUGAUCUGAAAGCGGUUGCUAACUUCAACUGUUAA